AUGUCCGCUGAGCGAGUGAGGUCCACCGUCCUCACCAAGGACGGUAUCAACUGGUAUUACGAGCAGGAAGGCACUGGGCCCGACCUUGUCCUGAUCCCCGACGGCCUGGGCGACUGCCAGAUGUUCGACAAGCCCAUGUCCCUGAUCGCCAGCAGCCGGUUCAAGGUGACCACAUUCGACAUGCCGGGCAUGUCACGGUCGUCCGCCGCACCACCAGAGACGUACCAGGAGGUCACGGGCGAGAAGCUGGCGACUUAUAUCGACACGCUCAUGGACAAGCUGGACAUCACGACCGCGUCCGUCUGGGGGUGUAGCUCCGGCGCCUCGACCGUGCUGGCCCUGUGCGCGAACUUCCCCCACCGCGUGCGCAACGCGAUGCCGCAUGAGCUCCCCACCACCAACCCGCCCAGCAUCGAUAACAUCCACGAAGCCGACCCCGCCACACUCCCCGCGGCGCUGGCCGCUACGAUCCGGACCAUGUCCGGCGGCGAAGCCGCGUGGGACGCCCUGGGCCCCGAAGUCCACGACAGGCUCCGCGCCAACAACUAUGUCCGCUGGGCGUACGGUUAUCCGCGCACCAUCCCCGGGUCCGCACCGACCCUCACGACCACAGAAAACCUGCACAAAGUCCCCAUCGAUUGGACCGUCGGCGGCGCAGGGCCCAUGCAGGUCUUCUUCGAGAACGUCGUGAUCGCUGCAAGGGAGAAGAUCCCCAUCACCACGCUUCCGGGCUUUCAUUUUCCUUACGUGUCGCACCCGGAGGUGUUUGCGAAGUACGUGGUUGAGACGUGUCGGAAGUACUUGUGA